AUGAAAACUCUAUUCUUUCUUGGGUGCCUACAGAUCUGCGGCGCGAUUUCACUUCACCCAAUAAAGAAAGCGCCCUGCAUCGUGGAGGCGGGAGGAUAUGAAGCGAUUGACGACGCCCCGGCAAUCAAUAAUGCUAUCAAAGAGUGCGGUAACGCGGGAAUCAUCGUUCUACCACAGGACCAGAUAUACAGCAUCCAUUCGACUAUUGACUUCUCGCCAUGCCGGAACUGCGAUGUGCAGCUCGAAGGCCGCCUCCUUCUGUAUAUGGACUGGACCUUAUGGGAGAACAAAUCAGCAAUAAUUUCGAUGCAUGGAGUGAAAGGUGCCAAGUUGCGCAGCCUAACAGGCAGUGGAGUUGUCGAUGGCAAUUCCAAGCAGUUCUUCCAACGAUACCGGGUUGGCCUGCAGUAUGACAAUCAACCAGUGCUUCUGCCAAUAAUCGGAUCUUCCGAUAUCCUGGUUGAUGGCAUCACGGUCAGGAAUGCGCCAAAGCAGUUCUUCCGUGUCGAUGGCCAAAGCUCGCAGAUCAAGUUUUCCAACUUGAACGUCGUCGUGGAAAACCAGUGGUGGCAGGCUAUCUGGACGAAGGCAGAGUCGAUUGCGUUCCAGUUUCGCAAUAGCUCAGCCGUUGUGGUGGACACAGUGAACGUCAACAUGAACGCAAGCCGAUGGGGAGGUCCCGUGGAUGACAAAGUUGGUGUUUGUGUCGGCAUCGACUAUAGCACCAGUGAUAUCGAUAUCAGGAACAUUUAUUGUAACACUAGUGAUGGGGUACUGAUCCAGUUUGGUAGCGUUGGGUUCUACAAUUACCCACCUGCAGAUGAUCAGUGGGCAAGGGAUAUCAGGAUAUCGAACCUGACCUCCGAUGCAGUGUCUAACGGCGGCUUCAAGAACCUCGCCGGCUUUGAUUAUGCUAAGGUACACAAUCUUACCUACGACGGAGUUGAUAUUAGGUCAAAGUACACUCCGCUGACGAUUGACCUCUGCUACCUGAUUUCAAACGGGAGGAGUCUCAGCGAUAUAUGUUCCACACGUCCAGGUGGCGCGAUGGAGCGUCUACACGCCGAGUUCACGGACAUAUGGUUUAAGAACUAUCGCGGAAGAAUCAGCAAGACUGGUCUGGACUGUUUCUACAACUCGACGUGCGACUUUCAUUUUGAGAAUUGGAGCAACACUGGUUUACUGAAAUAG